AUGGAAGAUGAGAGGCACAAAUACGAGCCAAAUGUGGCCAAUCGAGACAGCCCACCUGAUAGCUUAUGUUCAAAGACCAACAACCACCACAAUGACACUAACCAAAUCAACAACAACAACAACAACAAUAAUAGAGAACAAGACAGGUUCCUCCCCAUUGCCAACGUCGGCCGUAUCAUGAAGAAGGUUGUCCCGGGCAACGGCAAGAUCUCCAAGGACGCCAAGGAGACCGUCCAAGAAUGCGUGUCCGAGUUCAUUAGCUUUGUCACCGGCGAAGCCUCUGACAAGUGCCAACGCGAGAAGAGGAAGACCAUCAAUGGAGACGAUAUCCUUUGGGCAAUCAAAACCCUAGGCUUCGAAGACUACGUGAACCCGCUUAAACAAUACCUCUCCAAGUAUAGGGAAUUAGAAGGAGAGAAGCUUCAUCUCCCCAAGCAACAGCAGCUAUCCGAACAACGACUCCCUCACCUUGAUCACGAACAAAAUAUGCCUUAUACCAGCAUCUACUCGUCGGCUGGUCUCAUCCCUCAGCCUUCUUUUGUGGCAGCCGACCAUCCCUAUUCCAUGCCUUUCCCUCAGAGUUCGUUCCAGAAACAGGUGCACCAGCAUGAUGACAUCGACUCGGUGGCGCACUGGUAA